AUGGCAGCAUCACAAAAGCCAAAAGGUCGUGGGCGUCCUCGGCAAUGCACUCCAGCCUAUCCUUCUUCAUUAACUGAGAGUUCAUCAUCAACAGUAUCGAAAACGACACAUGACACUAUGAUUUCAACGACAGACAAUGUACUACAAGUUAUCAAAUCUUCACCGACUUCUAACAGUGGUCGAGAUCGUGGUACUCAUCUAAAGCAAAAAUAUCAAGCAGCUGAUCCUCAUUGGAAGGUAUCAGACUUAACCAUGGCUGAAUUUAAUUCGAAUGUUCGACCAUCAAAGCCAGAUGAGCAGAAAAGCAUUGGUCAGGAAAUACAGGUUAAGGUUAACUAUUUUCCUAUACUUGGGUUUCCACGUCGUGGUCUUGUUUAUCAAUAUGAUAUUCAGAUAAAAAAUAAAAUGAAUUUAAAACUUUCUCGUGACCUUCAACGUGCAUUGUAUCAAAGUUGGUGGAACAAAUUUUGUCAAGAAUAUCCGCAGCUACAUAAAUAUAAAAUUGUGUUUGAUAAUGAACAUAUGAUCCUUACAUUAGAUCAAUUACUUCCAAAUAUCGACGAAACUGGAAUAAUCGAGACGAUGAGUGCACCAAAUCGAUUUGGUCGUCAAGAAGAACAUGAAAUUCUUAUUAAACUAGUAGGAAAACCGGUUGAUUUGAGUUUAUUAAAUUUUCUCGAUGAAUUCCAACAAACCGGCAAUAACAAUUAUCUCAAUCAUGAUGAUCUAAAAAGAAUUAAACAUAUUCUAUCAGUUGUACUGCAUGAACAGUGUUCAUCGAAUGCUACUUAUAUUUGCAAUCGGUUAUUUUUCGCACAGCCUACGUUAGACAAUAAAUAUGGUGAUUGGGAUCUUGGUUUAGGUAAAGCUUUGUGGCGUGGUUUUUAUUCAUGUCUUCUCAUAGGCAAAAGUAACUGUCAACUAGUAAUAAAUCUUGAUGUUAGUCAUAAAAUCUUUAUGAAAGAACAAUCUUUUCUUGAUUUUCUCUGUGAUGUUAUGUAUCACAGUCCAUGUGGUAAGAGGCAUUGGACAAAUAAGCGAAGUACUUCAAAACUUCAGAUACAAGAUGUAUUGCAAAUUUUUAAUAAAACUACUAAUAAUAUUUAUUAUGAAGGUGAAGUUGAAUUCUUAUUGAAUUGUUGCAGAAAUCUUCCCGUACGCUCACAUGUGGCAGAUAAAAUAAUCGGAUACAAAAUCGAGAGUUUAGGUGAUGCAGCAUCAGAACAAACAUUUUCAUGGAAACAAGGUGAACAGGAAUCAAUAGUUACAGUGGAAAAUUAUUAUAAAGAACACUAUGGAAUUAUAUUAAAAUAUCCAACAUUGCCUACUUUGAGAAUGCAUAAAGGAGCAUUUGUGCCAAUGGAAUUGAUUGAUAUUCAACCCAUCAAAGUGAAAAGAAUAACUGAUGAACAAAGAGCACUUCUUUGUUUAAAAUCAACUAUGACGCCAUCGGAAUAUUGUCAAUCGAUCAAAGAAAUUCGUCAAAAUGAAAAACAACAAAAUUUUGAACAGGAUCCAUUUGUUGCUGCAUGGAAUUUGAAUGUCGAUGUCAAUAUGCUCAUAAUAUCAGCACGUGUUUUACCUUCACCUAAAAUUAUUUAUACUAACCAAUUUCAUGUAAAUUGUGAUCAGAAUCAAUCACGAGGUGUCUGGACAAAUACAACAACUCCUUUUCAUACUCCAACAAAGUUUCCAUCUAUAUGGGCUUUAAUCAAUUUAUCAUCGUCAUUGAAUAUGGAAUUAUGUAAAAAAUUCUAUAAUGAAUUGAGUUCUGUCGCUUCAGGGCGAGGUAUAGAUUGUCCUCCACCUGUUAUCUAUGAAGAAUACAGGGUUCAACCUGAUUCAAUAAGUCAUAUGAUUACUACGAUAAAGGAAAUGAUGGAACAUAAUACUGAUUGUAAGUUUUUUAUUACCAUAUUACCAGAGAAUAAUAAUAUUAGAGAUAAGAUUUAUGGUGAUUUAAAAAAGUUGUGUGAACUGGAGUAUGGACUUGGAAUCGUCACUCAAAUGAUUAAAUUGAAGGAAAACGAAGGCAUAAAUAGAUGGAAUUAUUCAAGAUUAAAUAAUAUUUUAAUGAAAAUAAAUACUAAAUUAAAUGGAAUUAAUGCAGUUCUUCAAGUUCCGUAAGUUACUCCUUUUUUUCAUUUAAAUAACUGACGGAAACGAGUAAUUGAUGCUAACAUGAAAAGCAUCCAAAUGUCUUAUGACUUGUAGAGAGUAGGUGUUAGUGAGUAAAAUUUGUCGAUCUGUAGGUUUUUUAAAGUUUUAGCCAGGGCUGCCAUAUGUACCCCAUUUGGGGGUACAGUACCCCAU